AUCAUUUAUUUAUUUUAUAUCGUUGACGACGAAGUUGGAGUCUUCGGAGAAAAGAAUAUCCAAGAAUCGAAAAGGAAAAUUUCAGCGAAAAAAGAAGAAGAAGAAGAAGAAUCCUUUACUUUCUUACGCUCAAAGUGUCAUUUGAUUCUACUUAAUUUUCUCAGAAAUAAGGAUUCAGGAAGAACUUGUGUAGGGGCACAGGGUCUGCACUGCUGUAGACGGAUCAUGGGCAUUUUCUCGUUUAGAAGGAAGAUAUCUUCUCAUGGUAAAUUCUCUCAUGGGAAGACAGUCUACACUGACUAUUCUGUUAUUGAAAUUCCUGGAGAUGGGAGAUGUUUGUUCCGCUCUGUGGCUCAUGGGACUUGCUUAAGAUCUGGGAGACCAGCCCCUAAUGAGCAUCUUCAAAGACAGUUAGCAGAUGAGUUGAGGGCUAAGGUUGCAGAUGAGUUUGUCAAAAGAAGCAAGGAAACAGAAUGGUUUGUUGAAGGAGAUUUCGAUACAUAUGUCUCAAAAAUCAGAAAGCCAAAUGUUUGGGGAGGUGAACCUGAACUUCUCAUGGCUUCACAUGUUCUCGAGAUGCCAAUAACUGUCUACAUGCAUGACAAAGAUGCUGGUGGCCUGAUUACCAUUGCUGAGUACGGCGAAGAAUACGGCAAGGAAAAUCCAGUAAAAGUUCUCUAUCAUACUUAUGGUCAUUAUGAUGCAUUGCAGAUCCUUGGAAGGAAGCAUGGUAAAUCAAAACUUGAGCUCUAGAUUGUGGGGGGUGAAUGAAAAACCAAAAAAGCUAGUUUCAGAAGCAUUAUUAUACCUUUUUUUAUCUUCUCAGCACAAUUUAUGUACUGAUGUAGCAUUGUAUUGGUCUUCUAUUCUCUGGAGUCUGGUCCAAAUUUGUUGGUGUUUUGUUCGGAAUCUAAACCCCCAAAAUCCUAAUUUGUUGUGAUGUGAGACUUGGAAAAGCAAAUGACACUGCUCCGGAACCAUAUUUGAAGUUGUGAACAGUUUUAGAGGUCGUAUAAAAACUAUCCACUUCG